AUGAUACCAAAUUACAGCUUUAGCUUCCGUGACACAGAUGCUGUGCACAAAGAUGAUUUCCGACCUACAACACCAGGCAACAGCCCUGGUGUUGGCCACUCUAUUCCACUUGAUCACGAAGCAGGCGUUGAACCAAAGGCACUAAGCAAGAGUUCUGAUGUCAGACAUUCUCUUGCACGAUUCAAAAAUGUUCCCCGGCCGCCCACAGCCCCGGGACACAGUCCUGGUGUUGGCCACUCUUUUCCUCUUCAUCAAGCAGAUGGUAGGCAUUCACUUACGGGAGAUAUUGAUGCUCACCGGCCCACAGCACCCGGACACAGCCCUGGCGUUGGUCACUCUUUUCCUCUUCAUGAAGUAGAUGUUGAACCAAUCAAGGCACUAAGCAAGAGCCCAGAUGUUAGACAUUCUCUUAUGAGAGAUAUCGAUGCUCAGAGGCCCACAACACCCGGACACAGCCCUGGUGUUGGCCACUCUUUUCCUCUUCAUGAAGUAGAUGUUGAACCGAUCAAGGCACUAAGCAAGAGCCCAGGUGUUAGACAUUCUCUUACGAGAGAUAUCGAUGCUCAACGGCCCACAACACCCGGACACAGCCCUGGCGUUGGCCACUUUUUUCCUCUUCAUGUAGCAGAUGUUGAACCGAUCAAGGCACUAAGCAAGAGCCCAGUUGUUAGACAUUCUCUUACAGGAGAUAUCGAUGCUCACCGGCCCACAGCACCCGGAAACCAUGGUGUUGGCCACUCUUUUCCUCUUCAGGAAGCUGAUGUCGCAGGAUUCACAGACGCUGACCAGCCCACAGCACCUGGACACAGCCCUGGCGUUGGCCACUCUUUUCCUCAUCAUGAAGCAGAUGUUGAACCGAUCAAGGCACUAAGCAAGAGCCCAGGUGUUAGACAUUCUCUUACAGGAGAUAUCGAUGCUCAUCGGCCCACAGCACCAGAACACAGCCAUGGUGUUAGCCACUCUUUUCCUCUCCAGGAAGCUGAUGUCACAGGAUCCACAGUGACUGAUCGGCCCACAACACCUGGACACAGCCCUGGCGUUGGCCAUGUUCUUCAAAACAAAAAUGCAGAACCAAAUGCGUAG